AGAGAUACCCGACUAAAUAACGUGUGUACUGUCGCUUUAAAUCCCCUUGGCUGGUGUGCUCUCCAUUGAUCAAUCCACCAUUUUCCAACAGCAGCAGCGGCGGUAGCGGUUGAGAUACCCCUACCUGGAGACACCAGGACCCGGGGCAGACAUGGCUGCGAAUAUGUACCGGGUCGGAGAUUAUGUCUACUUUGAAAAUUCAUCAAGUAAUCCUUUUUUAAUAAGGAGGAUAGAGGAACUGAAUAAGACGGCUAAUGGAAACGUGGAAGCAAAGGUUGUGUGCUUCUAUAGAAGGAGGGAUAUCUCCAGUACCCUCAUCGCACUGGCAGACAAACAUGCAAGGGAGAUGGAGGAGGAGAUGGAGAACCCAGAAAUAGUGGACCUUCCUGAAAAACAAAAGCACCAGCUCAGACACAGAGAGCUUUUUCUCUCCCGGCAGCUGGAGUCUUUACCAGCCACACACAUCAGGGGUAAAUGCUGUGUUACACUAUUAAAUGAAACAGAGGCUCUAAAGUCAUAUCUGGAGAGGGAGGAUGUGUUUUUUUAUUCCCUUGUGUAUGACCCCCAGCAGAAAACCCUCCUUGCAGAUAAAGGGGAAAUCAGGGUGGGAAACAAAUACCAAGCAGAUAUCACAGACCUUUUAAAAGAAGGUGAAGAUGAUGGAAGAGACCAAUCAAAACUUGAAAUAAAAGUCUGGGAUCCAAACAGCCCCCUGACAGACAAACAGAUAGAUCAGUUCUUGGUGGUGGCACGCUCUGUUGGUACCUUUGCCAGAGCACUUGACUGCAGCAGCUCCAUCAGACAGCCCAGCUUGCACAUGAGUGCUGCUGCUGCCUCAAGGGACAUCACCCUGUUCCACGCCAUGGACACCCUGUACAAGAAUGCCUAUGACAUUUCAAAGGCAAUUUCAGCUCUUGUGCCCCAGGGAGGGCCUGUUCUGUGCCGAGAUGAGAUGGAAGAGUGGUCAGCGUCGGAGGCAAACCUCUUUGAAGAAGCCCUGGAGAAGUACGGCAAGGACUUCACAGACAUCCAGCAGGACUUUUUGCCGUGGAAGUCAUUAACAAGCAUAAUUGAAUACUAUUACAUGUGGAAAACCACUGACAGAUAUGUACAGCAGAAACGAUUAAAAGCAGCAGAGGCAGAAAGCAAACUCAAACAGGUCUACAUCCCAAACUAUAACAAGCCAAACCCUAACCAGCUGAAUGUGAAUAACGUGAAGCCGAACCCUAACCAGGGCCUGGUGAAUGGAGCUGGAGGCGGAGCUGAAGCUGGAGCUGGAACCGGAACUGGAACCGGAACUGGUGUUGGAGCAGGAGUAGUGACAGGGGAGCCCGGACAGAGCACAGGAGCGGGGCGAGCUUGCGAGAGCUGUUACACCACUUACUCGUACCAGUGGUACUCCUGGGGACCCCCUAACAUGCAGUGCCGGCUGUGCGCCUCCUGUUGGACCUACUGGAAGAAAUACGGAGGCCUGAGGAUGCCAACGCGGCUAGACGGGGAGCGACCAGGACCCAACCGCAACAACAUGAGCCCCCAUGGACUACCCAUGAGGCACAGCGGGAGCCCCAAGUUUGCUGUAAAGACACGGCAGGCUUUCUACCUACAGACCACCAAUCUCACCAAAGUUGCCCGCCGGCUGUGCCGAGAUAUCCUUCAGCCUCAGUUCCUGGGACGGCAUCCUUACACAGCGGUGAACAGCGCCGCUAUCAAAGCAGAGUUCACAACCAGGCUGUCGGAGAUACCCGAGAACCCUUUGACAGUUAAACAAACUGUCCGAAAACCUUUGGAAUCUGUUGUGCGAUAUUUGGAGACCCACCCCAGCCCUAAACCAGACCCACCCAGGAGUGCCACCAUCUCCAUGGGUAGUCUGACUCCCAUUAAAUCCAGCCCCAUCCUCAACAACGGCUCCCCAACCAUCCUGGGGAAGAGGAGUUACGAGCAGCACAAUGGCGUGGACGGAAACUUGAAGAAGCGUCUGUUGCUGUCCAGCAGGGGUAUACCUAACCAUGGACAAACCAGACAGAUGGGCCCAAGCCAAAAGUUGCUCCUCAAUGGGAAAUUCUGUCCAGCAAGCGGGCGACUGAUCCGGGGCGGCUGCCUGGCUCCCGCCAAGAGGAGGACAGUGAACUGGAUUGAUGCCCCAGGCGACCUUCUCUUCAUGGCCACUAAAGAGACAAGAAAAAUACGAAAGCUUUUUUCAUCCUCUGAGAACAAGCGAGCCGCCAGGCGACCCAACAAAUCAAUCACCGUUAAGCCGAGCCAGACCGCCCAAUCGCAUAGACUGCCUGCCAACGAUGAAUUAAUAGUAAUCGAGGACUAAAACUCAGAUCUGCCCAAUUUAAAGAUUGUCCAUUUGGGACUUUUUUUGUUUGUUUGUUUGUUUGUUUAGAUUUUUUUCCCUAACCCUUUCUGAUGAAAUAUUGUGGAUCAACGAAGGAACAUUGAGUUCCAUGAAAACAGUGUUUGUGUACCCAGAAAUGGGGUGAAGGACAUUUACUUUGUAAUAUAAGCUGCGUGUAUCAUUUUUAACAAGUUAUAAAAAGAAAAAAGAGACUAACUGCAGUGAUAUUAACUGCUUUGUUUUUUGCUUAUGGUAGCUCUGUCCUCUUUCCCCCCCCCCCCCCCCCCCCCCCCCUUUUUUUAAGUUGAUUGUUUUGUCUGUUUUGUGAACAGACUCGAUCCCCUUUCCUGAAAUGCCAGUUUAACUUAUUGAGAGAGAUUAUUGACUGUGCUGUUUUUUGUACUUUUUUUCUUAACUGACACAUGUGGUCUUGAAUUAUGUAAUUAAGGAUAUCAAAUCAAUUCUUUCUCUUUUGUGAAUAUAUAAAUAGAAAACCAAAAAAAAGACUUUUGUAAGAUUUAAUUUUGUGAGGCUAUACUUUUAAACUGUCACAAACAACAACGCCACAGACUGAACUGUUGAGUUAAUAACCUUAUCUCAACAAAGCAUUAAGCACCUGUAAUGGAGCAAGACUGGCUGAAGGUGAAAUAACAGCUGAUUAACCCAGCCACUCUUUCUUGGAGCGCUCUACAAGAAUUGAAGAACAUUUUCAAAAUGCUGAAGAUCUAAAAAUGAAGUUGCUGGGAAUUAAAAACUAAAUGUCAUCAUAGUUUUGUUAGUGUAAUGGGACGAAUGACAUGCUAUUUAUACACUUUUAUAAUAAAUUAUGAGAUGGGCCGUGAAAAUAUUAGCGAAUGUAAGGCUGGGAAGCGGUUUUUAAAACAUUGGUUUAUACAAUUUUCUUUGUUUUUUUUGUUUAGGGGAUUUAGAUACAAUAGUAGAUUUAAAAAAAAAAAAAAAAAAAAAAAAAAAAACCCUAACUUUCUAAGUAACAUCCCCAGGUCAAAACUUGCAGUAGUUACAUCUGUGCCUAGCUUCACCUACGGUUUCAAAUUCUGCAGCUGUGAGCAGAUUCUUCCUGUGGUGCAGUGUUACAUUCACACACCUGACCGCACUUUCUCAAUUAAAGUUUCAUGACGGUACACCAGGCUGUGCAGUACUCGGUAUACAAGGCUGAACUCUACACCACGUUAUUUUAUUUAUACUUUUCAUACUGUCAAAAACAUUCAUUUGAUCUGGCCGUGUUUUCUUUUUGUAUUGUUUUUAAUAUACUAGCUUAUGAAAAUCAAUUAAACACAUAUUCAGAACUAUA